GCCCCUGUGGAGCGGCGGGCGCGGAGGGUUUUUGAUACCAGAAGAACAAAGUCAAACUAUAAUGGCAGUUGAUGAACUUCAUGCCAUAAUACAAAGAUGCCAAAUUCUGGAAGAAGUUGAUUUCAAAGGAGAAGAUUUUAAUUUGUUUCAGGUAGCAAGUCAGAAAUGUUUAGAAGAUGGGCAUGCAGCUCAGUUACUAGAAGUAAUUCAAAACGAGAAAAAUAAGGUUAUCAUCAAGAAUAUGGGUUGGAAUCUCAUCUCUCCUCUUGUUAGAUGUAUUUUCACGUAUAAACAGGAAGAUGAUAAGCGAGAACACUGCCUGAAGAUAGUACAUCAGUUGGCACAGCUAUGCAAUCCGAAGGAACUUUUUUUGGGUUUACUUGAGCAGAUAGAGCAGACCUCUGGAGAGCAAGUAUGCCAAACUGUCAUGUUAUUGCUUCAGCCUUUGCAGACAGUGCUUUUGAAACUUCAGAACAAGAAGGCCUACUCAGUGGGUUUAUCUUUGGCUAUGAUUAUGAAUCAGCUUACUCCCUUACCUGUACCUUACACAAAACAACAAAUACAAGAAGAUAAACUUGGUCUCUGUCAAUGUUGUAAUGCAGUGGUGGACUUCGCUAAACCUUUUGUGAAUGAAGUUGUUAAAAACAUGGAAAAGUUGUCAGAAUACAAUGACAUGGAGCUGAAAGAAGAAUUAUUAAAAUUCUGUAUGAAAAGCCUGAAAUACCCAUUAUUGACAGCUCAGUUUGAGCAACUUGAAGGCAUUGAAGAACAUCCCUUUCGGCAUUUUGCAACUGAAAUUAUAGACAUUUUGUGGGAUAUAAGAGAAUUGAUACCAUUAGUGGUUUUACAUCAUAAAGGCAAAAGUCCACAGUGGGAGAAUCAGGAGUUUGCAGACAUAGAGCGAAAAAAUUCUGCAGAUUCUUUGGCAUGUCUGUCGUAUCUGAUGUUUGUUCAGCAUUUUGGUAUUGAUCGCUUUCCAAUGGUAUUUAGUCCAUCAUACCUUCUGCAAUGCAAUAUGACACAUAUUGAAAUGCUAUUGAAAAGAACGGAAGAAUCUAUGUUAUCUAAAGGACUUGAUCUGUUUGAGAGCUGUUUAUUGAGAGUGGAAGAUAAUAGUCUUCUCCAUCAUUAUUUAGAAUUCAGAGAUUUUAUUAACAUACCUCAGGAUUUGGUGAAACUUAUGACCCUUUGCCCCAUAGAGCAUCUGAGAAAGAAGAGUUUAAAUAUUUUGCAGUUGUUCAUAGACAAGUUUGAUGCAGAGGGAAAAUACACAUUAUUCAGGUGUUUACUGAAGACAAGCAACCAUGCUGGUGUGGAAGGAUACAUUAUUAAAAAUAUAAAAGAUCAGAUUCACUUAUCGUUAACGAAGGCAUGUGACAACAUUUGGUUUACAGGACACCACCUGAUCUCCCUUCUAGAUUUAGUGCUUUUGCUUCCAGAAGGUGCUGAGACAGAUCUUCUGCAAAACUCAGAUAGGAUUAUGGCAUCACUAAAUCUCCUGAGAUACUUAGUCAUUAAGGAUUGUGAAAGUGAUAAUCAAACAGGCGUAUGGACCGCACUUGCCAAGAUUGAGCAAAAUUUUUUAAAACCACUGCAUGUAGGACUCAAUAUGUCAAAAGCACACUAUGAAGCAGAAAUAAAGAAUAAGAAGGAAGACAGAAGAGAGGCACACAGUUCUAACACAGUUUGUUCUGUAACUGUUAGUGGGGAAAAGAUGCCUGCCAUGACUACUGAAAUGCAGCUUCAGGUUUUACACUCAGCUCUCUUCACGUUUGAUUUAAUAGAAAGUGUUCUAGCUCGAGUAGAAGAACUCAUUGAAGUGAAAAUAAAAGCUGUAAUGGAUGAAAAUAGUUAGGUCAGCUGAAGUAUUUGAAUUAACAUACUUAUAAGAUCAUUUUGACUAUGAGACUUUAGUUGAAAAGGAGGCUACUAACCUUUAAAUAAGCGCAAUUUAGAGUGGCCUCUAGAGGAAUUGCAAAUGCUGCUCUUCAUAUGUCUUGCUGCUGUUCUUUUUUAUUUUCUUUUGCUAAUGUUGUAUGCAAUUCACAGAGAUGGCCUAUUUACUAAACUACUCCUCUUCAGAAUUUGAUGCUUUUUCUUAAGUUUAGAAACUAAAAACAAGGGGUUCUUUUUUGUUCUUAUGCUGUGGCAAGGAGGUAGGGUUGUCCAUUUAUUUUUCUGUUCAUUUUCAAAAUUUGAUACAUAAUAGUUUGACUGGUGUUGUGAAUUACAAAGAUUUUUUAUAAAGUGACUGGAGAACCAUUAAUUAUAAAGCACUGUUUAAGCGCAAGAUAUUUUUAUUACCACUUUUUAAUGUUGACAAACAAGCUUCUGUAUUUACAAACAGAACUGUAAGCUAUAGAUAGGUAAUAGUAGAAACACAAUGGCAAACAAAAUCACGUUUAAAGAAGAACACAUCAACUUUGAGCCAAAUAAGAUGUUAAAACUUAGUAACACAACAGGUAACACUUUAUGUUUUAAAAAAACACUGUAUAAGAUUUCAUACAUAUACCUGUUAAUGCAUGGGAAACCUGUAUUUUAGAAUCGUUUUGAUCAUCCUUAUCUUUAAUCAUAAAGUUUCCCUUAAGAUAUAUUAAAUAUUUUGGGAAAUUAUUGUAAACAGAUGAGCUCAUAAGUUCAGAAUCAAGUAAAAAAUAAGGAUGGCUUUUCUAUGGUGCAGUUAAACCACUUUUUUUCUUAGAAUGCACAUUUGGUAUAUAAUG